UUACCUUUUUAAUAAAAGGAAUUCCGUUCCAAGUUUGUGAAUAUAUUCUAUUAGUAAAUUUCAAGAAUAUAAAAUGGGCUCCUGUUCUUGCUAAAGUAGCCAAUUGUUUUCUCAUAUUUAACUCCAAUCUUAGGCGAUCAAAGCCUAAAUACGUGUCGAUGCCCGCCCUCGAUUUCAUAAGACGCUCUUCCCACGAAUGGAGGAGACUUCCGGAGAAAAGAAAGUCCUUAUACCGUCGCGAAUAUGAGAUCAAAAAAUACGACCUCGAGAAGUCAUUCCAGGCAUCUACUAGUCCCCAAUACAGUUACAUGGAUAUUUUGAAUAUGUAAAAAGCUGCCAUUUCGACAAUCCCCUCCCCUUCCUUUUUCCACACAGUAAUUUUAAGAUAAAAGGGCUUUAAGUUUUAAAAUAAUUGGGCUUAUGUAAAUUAUGCUUUAAGAUUUUAAUACGUUUUUUAAUAUAUGUAAAUAAUAUAUAAAUUAUUAAUAUUAUGUAAAUUUAUAUAUGUAUAUAGAAUAUAGAAUAAAUAAAUAAAAUUGAAAGAAA